UCCAACUGCAGCCUGGAGAGAAGUCUGUGCUCGGACUGCUGCGUCAAAGUCUCAGUUCAUCCGCAAGUGAUGAUUUAAUGCCAAAGUACAAACUCUAACAUGGACUGAUUUGAGUUCUUGACAAAAUGGCAAAUGCAGACUGUGAGGUCAAAACGCUGCUGAAUUUUGUGAAUCUGGCGUCCAGUGACAUCAAGGCGGCGCUGGACAAGUCCGCUCCGUGCAGACGCUCAGUGGAUCACAGGAAAUAUCUGCAGAAACAACUGAAACGCUUCUCUCAGAGAUACUCCAGGGUGCCGAGAUGCCACGCGCACCACAGGCCUGCGGAGUACGGAUGCGGCAGACCCGCGGGGACUGCACACCAACACGGCAAGGUCGCAGAAAAGGCCGUCUCGGACGCGCAAGAUGUGGAGAACGUUGAGAGCGCAGUGGACCAGGUGCCGAUGAGGAAACGCCAGCUCCCAGCCUCAUUCUGGGAGGAACCCAAGUUGACCCCGUCCAAGCGGGAGCGCUCACAUUUAGGACUGAAAAAGGCUCCUGCGGGGACAUCUGAGGGAGGUGAGAACGAAAAGAGGAAAAGGAGCAGUGGGGACGACGCAAAGGCCGCACUGUCUGCGUCCAGCCGGCGCAUCUCUGCGGACAAAGACACGUUUAAACUGGAUCUGACCUCUCACCACUGUGUGAGCGUGUGCGGCUGCUGUCCCUUCCAGUACCACGGACACCAGGUCCUCCACAGUCACAUUGUUGUCCCACAUCCGCCACUGGGACUGUGGAGCAAGGCAUCAGGGACUGAGACAGAAGGACCGGAGCUUCCUUAUGGGCAGAAAAUCCACACGCACGUGGUGGUCAAACCCAUACCGACCAAGCCCACCGUGCAGUCACCCAUCUUCAGUGUGUUUGGAUUCAUUUAAUGUGUGAAGCCGCCACAUGAACACAGACACGUGUAAAUAUGACUGACACACAACAUCCUCCUCUUCCUCUUUCAGCAUCUCAACACUUCCUCAAGCACUUAUUGGAAUGCUUCAUUUAUGCGUUAUUUGCUUAAGUCUACAGGACUAAAUUGCACUUGCCGAAGAACUUAAUCACUUUCACUUUUCAGACUGACGUCAGUGCCAGUGUCUGCUCACUGACAGUAAGUCCAAAUGUUUCUACGUUUAGGUUUCGACAGGCAUUGACUGUUCUUUUUAAGGUAGGAAGAAGCCAUGCAAAUGAAUGAGAGCAUCCUGUUUUAGUUUCCUCUUUCAAACUCUGAGAAUAGAAUGUGGGACAUAAAUUGUUUUGGUUUAGUUUGUUUGUCAAAGUCAUGUUUGAUAGGCACAUUUGAAACGGUUGCUUUUAUUUUUAAAUAAAUGAUUCAACUCCCUCAACAAA